AUGGCUCCUCCUCCGUCAAAUCUGCCCCUAGCUGAAAGGCUGAGGGUUCUCGCGCAGACGCUGCAGUUCUUGAUCUUUUACUAUUUCAAUGCCGUCGAUAUCUCCCGGAUUCACCUGUAUAAUCAAGCUGCCGAACCUUCUUCUUUCUAUUGGCGUAACCCCUCGUUUGACGGCGUGCUCUUCGGCUGCUGUUCUGAAAGACCAACGCUGACCGACAUUAGGCAUGUGACGCUGCUAGCCUCUGUCCUUCGCUACCUAUUUUCCUAUGUCUCAUUCAACUACUACUCCGGCUCGGCGCAGGUGUCUUAUCGCCUAGCAUUUGUCUCUGCCGCCGUUACCUAUGGAAUUGUUGUGUACAAGGGUCAUAUCGCACGUGGUCGCCUUCAGGGGAGCCUUCCCAGCGUCUUGCUGAAGCUUGCAGGGGACGAGAAUGUUCAGUACCUCGGAAUGGCUCUGGUGUGGCUCUACUCUCGCCAGAUUCCCCUUGCUCUGUUGCCUUUCAGCGUCUACUCCGUCUUCCACGUCGCUACUUACACUCGUGCCCACCUGCUCCCCACUCUUCAGCCUCCGAGUGCACCGGCUGGAUCUCCCGGCCGUGCCAAUGUGAAGCAGUCCCCAUUGGCCGAGACCAUUGGACGAUUCGUCAAGCAGUACUAUGAUACCAGCAUGGAUCUUGUCGCUGGCUUGGAGAUUGCGCUCCUAUUCCGCUUGCUAGUGGCUAUCGUCACUUUCUCCAAGGGCAGCUUCGUCCUUCUGUUCAUUUACCUGGCCUUCUUCCGUGCCCGCUUCAGCCAGAGCUCUUUCGUCCAGCAGGCCGUCCGCCACUUCACCGCAAGGGUCGACGCUUCCGUGUCUCACCAAGGCACUCCCCCUGCGGUGCGUCAGGGCUGGGAGGGUUUCAAGGAUGCCGUGAACCAGGCUUACCAAGCCACGGACGUUACCCGCUUUACUACCGGAGCAGGCAAGAAGCCCCAAUAG